AUGGCUUCGUGGCUUCGCCCCGAAAAAAAAGACGACCAAAAACAUCUUCCUUCUCCGCAACUGAAAUCAAGAAUACCAGUCAGAAUGAAUCGCUUAUGCAGCGACAAUGUCAGAAGUUCAUCUUCAAGGGACAAAGCAGAUAAAAAAGUGCGUCUGCAAAAAGAUUUAGAGAGCAAAGUUCAAAGCAAGCGGUCAUCGCGGAUUCCGAUUGCGGUGAAUGGGAGGAAGACCAAAGUUGAAUCAAAAGAUAAUCUACCCAUCAAUUUCAAAACUAUUCAAGGAGGAAAACCUCUUGGAAGAGAUUCAGGUAUUAAACUGCGAGAAACUCAAGGCAAACAAGACAAAACGGCAAGUGCCAUUCCUUCAACCAAAGCUAAACAAAGCAGUUACAGGCGCGCUCAGAAAACCACGCCAAUUGUCAGGCGACGUGUACCACGACAGCUUACACCAAUAGAGACACAGUCGAAACAGGUUUGCAAGGAUGAGAAAGAAUCACGAGUCAUAAACGAGGAACUUGAAACGUACCGAAAGAGGAUAGAAACUUUACAGGCUGACCUGGAUGGGAGCAAAGCUGAGGUAAAGCGACUGCAGUCUAAGGAAGAGUACAAAGAAAGAGAGCUGGCAAAUUUACAAAGUUAUUUCCAGAGAAAGGAGCAAAAAUGGGAAGAUGCAAAUGAACUCUUGGAAAAGGUUAUGGUGGAAAGAGAAGAGUUAUGGGAUGAUGUUGAUUACUUGGAGGAAAGCUUGAAAGACAGUCAAGAAAGCAAUGAAACUCUGACAUUUGAGGUCGAUGAACUGACGAUAAUGAUACAGGAGAUGAAGAGAGAGUACAGAGUGGAGCACAGUCGCUGGGGAUGUGGACACCUACGUGAGGAAGUAGAGUUACUUAAUGGAUCUCUGGAGUUGAAUGAACAGCGAACAGUUUUAUUAGAGAGCCAAGUGGACGCAUUUGAAGCAGAAAGAAAACAGUUAAGGGGUCAUGUUGAUUUCUUGGAGGAAAGCUUAAAAAACACUCAAGAACGCAAUGAAGAUCUGACGUUUGAGGUUGAUGAGCUGAAGAUAAAGAUGCAGGAAAUGAAAAGGGAGAAUACGCAGCUUAGUCGCCAUGGAUGCGGACAUUUACGCGAAGAAGUAGAAUUACUAAACGGAUCCCUGGCAUUGAAGGAGCAGCGAGUAACUCAGUUGGAGAGCCAAUUGCAUAAGCUAAAAUGCGAAACAUCACAGACUAUUAGUGAUCUUAAAGAUGACAUUGUAAAGUUACAACAAGAAAAGUCUGCAUUGUCAUCGGAACUAUCAAAGGAAUCAGAAAAAGAUGAAACGAUAAAAAGUUUAAUCGAAGAGAUAAGGCAGGAAAGAUGUGACAAGUACCGCCUCGAACUACAGUCUGAAAGAAUAAGAGAACUUGAGACUCAAUUACAAAGAAUGGAAGACAUGAAAAGAAACACAAUUCACUCAGUGGAUGCCUUAGUGCUUGAGGUGAAACAGGAAAGGUCAGAAAAAGACCUUCUGAGAAAAAGAGCCAUGGAAGCAGAAGAGGUUGCGCGUCUUACAAGGGAGAAGCAUAGGCAGUUCAGCGGGACUGAGUUACCGAAAGAUGGGCACGAAAGGAAGUCCUCUGAGUCAUCAUGUGAGGAAAGCACCUCUAGCAUCCUGAAAGCCAGGAGACACAUAGAUGCGUACAAAAUAACAUUUUUGGAAGACGAGAGUAAUGUGGCAGCCACUAGUCAGGGAGACGCUGAAAAUAAAUGGUUGUAUACUUCUAGAUUGGACGAACUUCAGUUUGAAACACGGAGAGAACAACAUUUUAACGGCGCCAGUACUAUCGCUGAGGUUGACCAUACUAUGCAGAACUUCUCAACACACGGAGCACCUAAUUCAGUUUCGACACUUCUGUGUAAUGGUUAA